AUGACGAAGAAGAAGCCUACGCCAUGGCACGGCACCGCCGCAGCCAACUCGCCCUCCCCUGCCUCCCCCUCGGCCUCCUCGGGCUCCCGCAUUGUGCCUUCGUCAUGCGCGCCGACGCACAAGAAGAAGAAGAAGAGUGCUACGAGCGGCGUCGGCGACGCCGCCGCCGUUGUCCCGGCGGCGAGGGGAUCGUCCAUCUACAGAGGCGUGAGCAGGCACAGAGCCUCAGGGAAGUUCGAGGCGCACCUGUGGGACGGGCAUUGCCGGAGCACGGAACAGAGCAGGAAGGGCAGGCAAGUUUAUCUUGGAGCUUAUGACACGGAAGAGGCCGCAGCUCGCACCUAUGAUCUUGCGGCGCUCAAGUACUGGGGCUCGGACUGCCGCCACCUGCUCAACUUCCCGGUUGAAGCGUACAGGCAGGAGCUUGAGAGGAUGCGGUGCGUGACUCGAGAGGAGUACCUGGCCAGACUGAAGCGCGAGAGCAGCGGCUUCACCAGAGGCGCCUCCAAGUACAGGGGAGUAGCAAAGCAUCACGCCAACGGCCACGGCCGGUGGGAGGCGAGGAUUGGUGACCGUCGCCAUACCGCCAAGAGAUACGUCUACUUGGGGACAUACGAUACCCAGGAAGAGGCGGCCAUGGCCUACGACCUCGCGGCGAUACGGAUGCGGGGCCUCGCCGCCGUCACCAACUUCGACCUCGACUGCUACAUGGAGUACCUGCAGCCGCCCCUCUGCAAGGUCGACCCAGAGGUCCUGGAACCGGCGGCGCCAAUGCUGCUGCAGCCCAAGAUCGAGCCCAUGGACGACGAGCUGGUGCUCCGCGACGACGUGGACCGCGUCUUCGGUGAGUUCUUGCAGGCGCUCGGCAUGGACCCUGCCGACUUCGACUCCAGGCAGCGGCAAGCAUGGUGGCCGGCUGAUUACGAGGACGUGCGCGACCUGCCCGCAGACAUCGUCUUCGAGGACGACAUCGAGAGCGUGGUGUUCGACGCACCUGGAGCUUCUCAGGGUGGCGCGGCGGCGCCGGUGCUCCGCGACGACGUCGACGACGUGGACCGCGCCGUCGCCGAGUUCCUGCAUGCGCUCGCCAUGGACCCCGCCGACUUCGACGCCAGGCGCCCGCCCCUGCCGACCGACGUCCGCUUCGAGGACGACAUCGAGAGCGUGCACUGCGACGACGACGCCGCUGCAGCCGCAACCAUCAGCUCGCUGGCGUCGGGCCGCUGGCGGUGAUGGACGUGACGCUAGCUACUUCCACGGCGGCAUGCACAGCACCUCUAGUCCCCUCCGUGCUACCGCAUGCGCACGUACGUGUCAGGUUUGUAGUUACUGCUAAGGUACGUAGGUAGACUGUGUUUUGUGGGCGGUUGUAAAUGUCUGACGAAGUGCGGUUCAUUUUGUUGAUGGAUGGAGUGGCAGCGAUGUCAUGGCCGCCAGCCGGUUACU